AAUUAGUGCCAAAUUGCAUAGUACUUUACAGUAAUCUCCUAGAAAAUAUUAGGCAAUAAUGGAACUAUAAAAUUAAGUAUUACCAUUAAUUUUUGUCAGUAUAAGCUUUUUUACAAUAUAAGCAUACUGUAUAUACAGGUUUUUAUUAGUGCUCCUGUGUUAUCCUUGUGACUUUGACCAAUGAGGUCAUCUAGUGGUAAAAGAUGGUACAACAUUUGAGUGUUUUCUUUUUUUCCAAAACUGUAUGAGUGUGCCAUCACUUUGAUGCAGUCAAAAUAAUAACUUAGAAUUCUAAUAACCAGCAAAAAGUGUGUAAUUGAAAUAAAGUUACAGUCAGACUGCAAAAAAAGUGUGGCCAGGCAAUUACUUCAAUUACCAUAGCCAAAGUGGCUCACAAACCACACAAACAAUGGCUGUGAUUAUAUUAACUUCAAAUUUAACUUCAACUUUUUCCAAUUCAAGGGAAAGUUUGGUUUGCAGUAUGGAUAGACAAACAGGCCAGCACAAACACAAAGGUUACAGAUAUACAAUGAUGACAAAGCUGACAGAAAUGUACAGUCAAAGACACAAAAUACAAAAUAAAUAAAUAAUAUUAAAAAGAAAUAUAUCUAGUAAAAAUUUUAAAAAAAGAGCAGGGCAGAGUAGAAGGUAGAAGCACCUCUACUACCCUGUGAAAAAAAGCCAAAUAAAGUACAGUUCUACUCAAGAUAAAGUACAUUUGUGCGCGUAUAUUUUUUGCAUUAGACAGUCAGCCUUUCAGUGGCUACAGGAAUAAAAGAGAGCCUGUUUUUUUAAGUCUAUUUUACUUUUAAUUAAAAGUUGGUAAAUUAUUUAUUUUUUUAAAGAACUUAAUAGAAAUGUAAAUUAAAACAGCAAUAGCUCCUUUAAGCUCUGUGUGAAUACAGCUAUCUCUGUUUAUUUAAACUUGUAUGUUUAUUGAUGGUUUAUUGAUCCAAAACUUUAUAUCAAACCAUAUGCAUUUAUUCUCAAAUUAAAUGACAAAACACCUGAAAUGCGUGAUAUAGUCAGCCUUUGAGGCUUCUGGACAAACAAGAUGAGUGAAGAGGUAAAAUCACACAAAACAUACAGAAACAUAGUUUAGAUUUUAUGAUUCUAUGUACUAGCCAAUAAAACACAAUGUGCAUGGCUAUUUGAUACUAGUUGGAAGGGAUGGACAGAUUUGCUUUGUUUGUUUUUGAAAUUUAGGUGAACUAGCCCUUUAAAAUGGAAUGUAGAAUUUGUCAGUAAAUCAAAACUGAGUUUCUAUUAUGAUGUCACAGAUGAUGUUACAUCACUCAUUGACUGCCUCUAGAACACACACUACCUUAACAGAGGUAGUAAGGUGUUCCAGUUAAUGUAUGAAAAGCCAGGUUUUAACCCAGCUGCAUUUGAGAAAAAAUCAUUUGUAAGAAGAAGGCAUCUUUCCAGGAUAAGAAAAUGGAAAAAUCUAGGGGAAUGUUUUCCUCUGAAGAUACUGAGAGAGAGAUUGAAGAAGAGAUUGAGGAGAUAAUUGAGAAAGACAUUGAAGAGGAGAUUGAAGAGAAGAUAGAUGAGGAAAUUGUGGAAGAGCAGCCCUCUGCCUCCAUCAGCGAAAACUAUUCCUAUGCAUCUGACUUCGAGGAGGAAAGCAAUGAGAUUAGUGAAGUCUCACAGAAGGAAGAAUCUCGGAUAUCAGACAGAUCUGAUGAGAAAGACACUGAAGAUGAGAUUGAGGAGGAAAUUGCAGAGGAGAUUGAGGUGGACAUUGUGGAAGAGGUGCCAGAGCAGCCCUCUGCCUGUAACCACUCCUACGCCUCUGAAUUCAGAGAAGUAAGCCAUGAGAUUAGUGAAAUGUCACAGAAGGAGGAAUAUCAGAUUUCAGAGAAAGCUGACGAAAAACACGCUGAAGAGGAAAUUGAGGAGGAGAUUCAGGAGGAAAUUGAGGAGGAGAUUGAGGAGGAAAUUGCAGGAGGAGAUUGAGGAGGAAAUUGCAGAGGAGAUUGAGGAGGAACUUGUGGAAGAGGUUCCAGAGCAGCCCUCUGCCUCCAUGAGAGACGACCACUCUAAUGAACUUUUGCAAAGAGAGGAAUUUCAGACAUCAGAGAAAUCUGGUGGUCUUCAAGAAGGUGUGGAGGAAAGAGCAGCCAAAGCCACUCUUGAAGAGGACUUGAGGGAGAAAAGAGAUCCGGCUCAACAGAAAGAAGCCUUGAAGCAGGAAAAAAAAGAAAAAGCCACUCUUGCAAAGGCUCAGAAGAAGGAACAAGCCAAACUUGGUGAUGAAGUGGAGCUCAUGAAGGCACAAGUGGCUGAUCUUAAGAGGUCAAAAAAAGAAUACGAGCACAGCAAUACCAAGCUUCAACAGAAAAUCAGUAAGAUGACAGCUGAUUUUGAAGAGGACAAAAAACUGAUUAAGAAGCUCAAAAAUAAGUUGCAGGAGUCCUCUAGUCAGCACAAAAAAGAGAUAGCAAAGCACGAGAAGGUGAAUUUUACUGCAGUUAAGGCUCUGAAAGACCAACUAAUUGAGCGACAAAAGGAAAGUAUGGAAAGAGACAUCGAAGUUCAGUCCCUGCUCUACGAUAUUGAGACUCUUCAAAUUCUUAUUAAAGGUAAGGACAACACUGUAUCCUCACUGCAGGAGAAAAUUGACCAGUUGGCCUUAAACCUGAAAGAGGAGCAAACAAAAAACUGCAAACUCCUGGAGGACUAUGAGCGUGAUAAGGUGAAUUGUGCCGAAAUCAAGGCUCUAAAAAUCCAACUCAGUGAGCAACAGAAGGAAAUUCUUGAAAAAGAUAACAAAAUUCAAUCCCUGCGCUCCAACAUCCACAGUCUUCAAAGUGAUAUUGAAGCCAGGGACAGCACAGUGUCCUCGCUGCAGAACAAAGUCAUGCAGUUGGCCUCAGACCUCAAAAAGGAAGAGGCAAAAAACUGCAAACUCCAGAGGGACUAUGAGGCAGAGCGUGAUAAAGUGAAUUGUGACAAAAUCAGGGCUCUACAAGACCAACUCACUGAGCAACAGAAGGAAUGUCUUGAAAAGGACAACAAAGUCCAAUCCCUGUGCUCCAACAUUCAGAGUCUUCAAAGUAAUAUUCGAAGCUAAGAACAAC